UCGCAAGCUACCGGGGUUCCCAGAUAACGGGACUAUCGUAACGGACACACACGCACACACAGACGGAUGGUGGUGGGACAGAGCCAAAGAGCUGAAUUCCGCUUAACGGGUACCGUGUUGUUUUCUUUUCGUUCAGUUUUAACAUUUCGUGCACAAGCAGUGUUGCUCCUUAAUUUAUUUAUCGAUUGAUUGCGUUUUAAUUACCGGCUUGUGAGUGGAAACGAAGGGGGAGCGUAUCGAGCCGCUGCGUAGCCUUAUACGUACGUGAUUAUUUAAAUACAUUAAGCGAUUGUAUUAUAUUUUAUACAAGAAUUAAAAUGCUGUUUGAAAUGCAUGCGAUGCGCGCGAGAUAAACCACACAGGAGAGCUAGAAACCAAAUAGAGAAACCAAAUAUUCCUGUUAAACCUUUGCAAACCGUUUUAAAGCCAGCAACCGCGACUUGAUUGUAAUGUAACCAAAUAGUUUUUGUACUAAAGUGAACACGAUUUUGACUCGAGAUUUGUUUAAAAAGCGAAACCAAAGUGGAACCGGAUCACGGCGCGCGCAAGGCCAUUGUGACGUUUACCGGCCGCACACCUGGUCUCGCGCGGGAUACGCAAAACCCAGGAAACGUUAUGACAGUUAGGACAACAAGUGAGUUUUGAAUUUUAAAAAGUCACAGUUUCAGCCAACCGUUCGUCGUUUGAAAACGUUCUGGUAUUCUAAUUUGUAGGAUAGAUUAACGGAUUUUUCAGCCAAGCCAACAGAAAGACAAAACAAACGUUAAGUGACCACAAAAACACUUUUAAUAUAUAUUUCGACGAUAUUUAGACCGCUUGAAAAAUCCCGACUAUCCGUCUGUGUGUCAGUCCGAGAUAGAGUAUCCCUGAGGAAGAAGUAAUGACUGAGAGGCACAAUACCAAAAAUGUAAAGAUAGCUUCAGAAAUUUACUUUUAGACCAAAUAGUAACUAUUAACCUACCAAAAAUAAAAAAAAGUAACAACCUCAAAACUCUACUUGACAAAAUAAGCAACCAAAGAAAAAGAAACUCAAGACAAGCGCCAAAUACAAGAGACCAUAGAAGAAAAGCCCAGACGACAACGGAUCAUGUUUGUUCCCUUGCCGGUGCCGUUGGUGUUUCAGAGAACCGCUCCUGAUUUCAGCGCCUGGCGACUCAAGUCUCCGCUGCCUCUGCGCUCCGGUAACUCCGUAGAUAUCAGGAUGUCUAAAGCCGUCGAGGACGACAAGAUGGGGACUGAGCUUCCAGUGGACAGUACAGACUCUGAGAGGAACAGUCCAGAGGCCAGCGAUCAGACCCAGCCGAUGAAAACAAGUCCUUUCUGCCUGUCUCCUGCACCCAGCAACACAAAGGUGAAAGCCGAGGAGGCCGUUGAGAUGACCAGUGUUCACGCUCCUCCACCUCCUCCAGCUCAGCCGUCUCUGCCACACACACAACUCAUGCUGGCGGGCAGUCAGCUCGCAGGGCUGGCCGCUCUCCUCCCUGCACAGCAGCAGCUGUUGUUGCAGCAGGCUCAAGCGCAGCUGUUAGCCGCAGCCGUGCAGCAGUCAAACGCUGCGCAUGCCGCCCAUGCAGCCGCGGCAGCCAAUCAGCAGCAGCAGACGCAGCAGCAGCAGGCCAAUCAGGCAGCAGCACAAGCCCAGUCUCAAGCCAAACCUGAACAAGCUCCGCCUCCACUUUUGUCACAGCCUAUCCAGCUCACUGCCCAGGCUUUCUGUCAUUCUCUGCAGGACAUUCAGCAGUUGCUGCAGUUACAGCAGCUGGUCCUGAUGCCCGGUCAUCAUCUACAGUCUCCAGCUCAGUUCCUGCUUCCUCAAGCCCAGGCUCAGCAGAGUCAGCAAGGUUUGCUCUCGACAUCAAAUUUGAUUCCACUACCUCAGCAGAGCCCAGGGAGUCUCCUGACCUCCCCAUCUAGACUGGGCCUUCAAGCACAGCAUCAUCUUGACGACAGGCUGUGGUCAUUGCAGAGGGAGAAGAGCGUGGAGAGCGUUGUGAGCUCCGCCCCCUCCUCAGCCCCACCCAUGAGCUCCGUUCCCACGGUGACAGCACACGCCGAGGAGCCCAGCGAUCUGGAGGAGCUCGAACAGUUCGCCAGAACCUUCAAACAGAGGAGAAUUAAACUGGGCUUCACACAGGGGGACGUGGGUAUGGCCAUGGGUAAACUCUACGGCAAUGACUUCAGUCAGACCACCAUCUCACGCUUCGAGGCUCUCAACCUCAGCUUCAAGAACAUGUGCAAGCUCAAGCCCUUGCUGGAGAAAUGGCUGAGCGACGCAGAAACCAUGGCGAUAGACAACAUGCUGCCGAGCCCCAGUUCGCUGUCCUCACCUCUGCUGGGCUUCGAAGGCUUGCCUGGACGCCGCCGAAAGAAACGCACCAGCAUCGAGACCAACGUCCGCAUAGCCCUGGAGCGCAACUUCAUCUCGAACCAGAAGCCUACCUCUGAAGAAAUCCUGCUGAUGGCCGAGCAGCUCAACAUGGAGAAAGAGGUCAUCCGAGUCUGGUUCUGCAACCGGCGGCAGAAAGAGAAGCGUAUAAACCCCAGCAGCGCCACUCCUCCUCUGCCCAAUCAUCCUCCGACGCACAAACCGCCCUGCUACAGCCCGCACAUGAUGUCCAGUCAGGGACUGGCUCAGGCCGCUACCAGUCUCAGCACAACAGCCGUCAGUCCCACACCUUCUGUGGCCUGCCCUCUCAACCCCAGUGGACAUGCAGCAAUGAGCUCCGCCCCUUCCUCCGUGACUCCGCCUCCUCUCAGCACAGUCAGCCCCACUCCGCCCAGUCUCAGCAGCCCUGGCCUGAACACAGGGAACACAAUGAUGGGUGUAAGCACAGGAAUGAACCAGGCCCUCAUCAGCAGCAACCCUCUGGCCACAAUGCAAGCCCUGGCUGCCAGUGGUGGCCAGAUGCCCAUUUCUGCUCUUGAGGGCAGCGGUCAAAUGUUCCUGGGUGGAGCUGGAGGUCCAGGAGCUGGACUUCGUCAGUCCCUCUUCCUAAACCGCCCCACUUUACUGCCCCUGGCGAGGAGCGCAGGCAUGGGUCUGGUCGGCACCCCCAGGGCUUCUCCGCCUCCUGGCGCCAGCGGCACAAGCCCAGACUCCUGCUCCGUCUCCCCCUGCUCAAGCCCCGCCUCCUUCUGCUCGUUAGGUGAUGCCUCACCGCCCCCUCUGGGCGGAGCCAUGGCUGAGUGACGCCCACACCAACCUGCUGCACUUGAGGGGAGUCAGAGGAGCAGAAGAAAGAAGACAGACAAGACUCGCCUUUUCAACCAAAGCCAUCUCUCACUCCCUCCAUUUCUCUCUUGUGCUCUCUCUCUCUCUCUCAUUACGUCUUUUAAUGCCAAAAAUACAGAGAAAUGAGCAGAAGAGAACAGGGAUAAGGAGAGAACAGGAUAACGGGGGACUGUUUAAACCAAAAAAAUUGACCUACACAGCGUGGAGAGGUGGCUUCGACGGAGCUACUUUGAGAAUGUACAUUUAUUCCUUUCCAUAUGGAAAAAGACAAACCCACACGAACAGAUGAAUUUGAGGGCAGGGUCGAGAGCCAAAAAACUUUGCGAAGAAACAACAAGGAAAAAGGAAAACGGGUGGCAACGAAUGGAACAAAGGAAGGACAUUUGACAAGUGUCACUGGACGGUAGAGAAGAGAAACCAAAAAAUAAACACAUGGAGGAAGAAAGGAAAGACUCACAAAGACAAAAAAUGCCAAAACCAAAAUACCAAAAACCAAAACCAAAAAUCGGAGAGAAAAGCUUUACCUAAGACUUUGAAACCUGACUUGUCCAGGAUCAGAUGAACUCUACACAACACCAAAUACCAUCUUUCCAUGCACCCCUUAUAAUUUCAACUUUUUGUAAAUGUAUUUCUCAAUCUACCUCUGCUACCGAGUAUUUAGAUUUUCUCAUUCUUUUCAUUCCAUUUUCACUUUUGAUCCAUGACAUUUUCAGCAUUUUUUCCUUUCAAUGAAAAACACGACGGCAAGCGAAUUUAGAGGGAUUUUUCUCCACUUUUCGACAGUAUUACACACACACACACACACACACACACACACACACACAGGCGCUUACUGUGACAAUUCCCUUUCCAUCACUGAUCAUCUGCUGGAAGCGCAUCCAUGCCUCAAUCUUCAACUCACUUUUCUUAGAUACCAAAGCGUUUGUCUGGCCUUUUGCGUCAGCUGAAAAGUGCUCAAAUGACAAGACCUCAGACAUGUCAAAAAAAAACAAAAAAAACAUAAAAACAUAAGGAGAAAUUGUGAAAAACGAAUCCCCGAGCCCCCAAACCCCUGCCCUCCAUCCUCUCUAGACCCCUCUCCUGUGCCUCGGACAAAAAAGCGCGGGCCAAACGAAGAAAAGCAAGAGGAGCAGCAACUGAAGAGGAUCCGCAGGGGGAAAUCCCAACAACCGAGAUGCUGAGGGGAGACAUGUGAUGUUGCCGCUUUUUUAUUUUUAUUUUUUCCAACUCACGGAUUAAACCAAAAAUGAAACCAAACCAAAACCAAUGGACUAAAACUGAACUUUACUCAAUGGAAUGAAACCAAAUACUAGGAGUGGACCACAGGAGGUGCACGAGGAGGAGGUUUUUAGAGUAGCAAGACUCAUGAAAAGACUCGACGUGGUUUCGACCAGAAGAUCAUUCCUUCACCUCCUCCCUCCUUCUUUCCGUUAAGUCGAUGCUUUCACUCUCCUUCCUGGACGGGGAGAAUAUUUAUUAACCUCAUCGAACUGAACUUCAGAAUAUAUAUAUAUACAUAUAUAUUUUGUUUUAUUGCUUUUUCCUCUUGGUCUGUCUGUUUAUGCUGUAUGACUCGUCUCAUUGCUUUAUAUUUUUGGGAUAAUGGGGUGACGUAUUGCCUAUUUUCAUAUUUCGUGUGUUUCGUCAUUUUGAAUUGAUCGUGCCGGGGUGGGGGGUUCCCUCAUCAGGCGGUUUGAAACAAUACUGUGAACAUGUAGCUUCCAAGUUUUGCUUCGAUUGCGAAUGUUGUGAAACGAUAAGCCAAAACUGAAGACAUACCAAAAGUGAAAACUUUUCUUUUUUGACACCAAAUAGCAACCUAACCAAUGCACAACGCGUGGAGAAAGACCGUAUUGGUGCUAGGUCUCUUCGAGGAGAGAUAGGGAGACGUGUGUGAAUGUGGAAGCUCAUCUCCAGCAUGGAAACCAAACCGAAACACGACCGAUAGGCCAACGUAACUUUCGCCCGGCGUGUCGGUGAAACUGUUUUUGACUAUGUGAUCUUAGACGCAUACAAAAAUGCAGACAAACGAGAAAUGUAG